AUGGUGCUGCUGCAGGUGGGGUUCGCCGGCAUGUACUUCAUCGCCGUGGCGUCCCUCAAGCACGGGAUGAGCCACUUCGUGCUCGUCGUCUACCGUAACAUCGUCGCCACCGCCGUCAUGGCGCCCUUCGCCCUCUACUUCGAGAGGGGACUGAGGCCAAAGAUGACAAUCACCAUCUUCAUCAAGAUCAUGGGGCUCGCAUUACUCGAGCCUGUGCUUGACCAGAACCUCUACUACAUGGGCGCGAACCUGACCUCGGCGGGGUUCGCCACGGCGCUGGUCAACAUCCUCCCGGCCGUCACCUUCGUGUUGGCGCUCAUCCUGCGCAUGGAGAAGGUGCGGCUGCGCAGCCUGCACAGCCAGGCAAAGAUCGCCGGCACGGUCCUCACAGUGGCCGGCGCGGUGCUGAUGGUCCUGUACCACGGCCCCGUCGUGCAGUUCCCGUGGACCAAGGGCCAGCACCACGCCGGCGGUGCGGCUGCCGCCGCCGACGGAGCGGCGUGGCUGAAGGGGACCAUCAUGACCGUCGCCGCCUGCGUGGCCUGGUCGUGCUUCUUCAUCCUCCAGUCCAGCACGCUCCGGGACUACCCGGCGGAGCUGUCCCUCACGGUGCUCAUCUGCAGCGUGGGGUCGGUGAUGAGCACCGCCGUCGCCGUCGUCGCCGAGCGCGCCAAUACCCAUGCGUGGGUCAUCGGCUUCGACACUCGCCUCUUCACGGUCGUGUACGGCGGCAUAUGUGCUCCGGCGUGGCGUACUACGUGCAGGGCAUCGUGUCGAGGCAAAGGGGCCCGGUGUACGUGA